CAUCGUCAUGAUCAAUGACGUGCCCGCUGGUGUCCGCUGUCAUACUCGUGAUGACCUUGAGAGGAGAUUACUGAGGAAGCUCGACUUGCGCAUGUCCAUAAUACUGAUUUUAUAUGCCUUGAACUUGAUUGACAGAACCAAUAUUAGCAAUGCUCAGUUACAGGGUUUUGAGCGAGACCUGCACUUGCAUGGGGAACAAUACACCACAACUUUGUCCAUCCUAUCUGUUGGAUACAUUACAAUGCAAGUGCCAGGCAAUAUGAUCCUACACUGGCUGGAGAGACCUUCUGUCAUCCUUCCGUGCUGUAUGUUAGUAUGGGGUACAAUAUCAAUAUUGUCAGGUUUUUAUACUGGGAUUGUUGUCGCCCACUUCUUUCUUGGCCUUGCUGAAGCUCCCUUCUUCCCCGGUGUCAUAUUUCUUGUAUCUAAAUGGUACAAGCGAGACGAGGUCGCCUUGAGAAUAGCUCUCGUUUCUAGUGGAAUUUUCCUCAGCGCUGCGUUCAGAUUGCUGCUUGCAUCUGGUAUACUUCAUAACAUGCAGGACAAACUUGGUCAAGCCGCAUGGAGAUGGUUAUUUUACAUCGAAGGCGGCAUCACCAUCUCGGUUGCGAUUUGCGCGAUGUUCAUACUCCCUGAUUUCCCGUACAACACCAGGUGGUUCACCCCGGAGGAAAGAGAACUCGCUAUCUCUUGCCUCGCAGAAGAUGGCCAUGAUAAUGCUGACAGACUUGGGAAACAGACAAUCAUGCAAGGACUGCGGGAUGCUGUGUCUGACUGGAAGGUAUGGUUCUUUUCAUUUGCAACUAUGUUCCAGAUAUUGGGGCAGUCUUUCACCGGUUACUUCCCAAUGCUGUGCACGACACUGGGAUAUGACGCGACUGUAAUGCUGUUGCUUUGCAUUCCUCUGUGGGUGUUCGGGGGUAUGAUCGCAUUUGCUCUUACAUGGUACUCUGACAAGAAGAAAAAGUUCCUCAUGGCUCAAGUCAUCAGUGGAUACUUGCUGCUCUUUGGAUGGAUUAGCAACACUUUCGCUAGAGAACCUGCAAAGCGCGCCAUUGCUAUCGCUCUGAUGAACGCACUGGGGCAGACAGGCAGUGUUAUUGGAGCGUACAUAUGGCCGUCGAGCUGGGGCCUGACAUAUCGUUAUUCCUAUGCCAUCUGCGUCGCUGCACUCGGAGUGUCGACAGGGAUGUUUGGUGGUAUGUAUUUUUAUCUGAAGCACUUGAACAAGCAGAUCGAGAGGAACGAGCAGGAUGUGAACGAUAUCAAUGAGCUUCGAGAUCCGAUUGGUUUUAGAUAUCUGGUGUAG